GAGGGAUAGAGACAGAGAGAGAGAGAGGGAUAGAGACAGAGAGAGGGGAAAAGAGACAGAGAGAGAGGAGAGAGAGCGAGAGAGAGAGAGAGAGGAAAGGCGGGAGCCAUGCGGAGGACAGGGGUAGGUGUCUGUGGUGGAGCAGUGUUCUCCUGCUCGGUAACUCUAACUGGACCGGGGGAGUUGUUCCACCUCCUAGUCCUUCUCCUACUAACGAUGACUCAGCUCCCGGUCGCUGACUCGGCUCUCCGUUACCGGGUGGCUGAGGAGGGCCCCGCAGACGUUAUGAUCGGUAAUGUGGCUGCCGACCUCGGCCUGUCCGCGGGCACCGGCUCCGGAGAUGUCACAUUCGCCCUAGAGAGCGGCUCGGAGUUCUUCAAGAUUGAUAACGACGGGGAGCUGACGACCGGGCAGCGGAGGAUUGACCGGGAGAAGCUGUCCCAGUGUCAGAUGAUCUUCGAUGAGAACGAGUGUUUCCUGGACUUCGAAGUGUCUGUGAUUGGUCCCCUCCAGAGUUGGGUGGAUCUCUUUGAGGGCCGUGUGGUCAUCACCGACAUCAACGACAACACUCCUUCGUUUCCGUCGUCGGUGCUGACAUUAUCUGUCGAGGAGAACCGUCCAAUAGGCACGCUGUAUCUGUUACCCACGGCGACGGAUCGCGACUUCGGGCGCAAUGGGAUUGAUCGUUAUGAGUUGAUUCAAGAUGGCAGCUCUUCCGGGUCGGCGGGGUCAGGGUUGGGGUCAGCGAGGAGGGCAGCUGGUGGGCCUAUGGGAAGAGCGGAUGGAACAGGAGGAGGAGGGGAUAGGAGGAGAGGAGCAUUGGAUAACAACGGAGGAGGUGCAGGAGGAGGUGCAGGAGGAGGUGUGAGGAGCAGUGUGUUUGAGCUCCAGGUCGCCGACACGCCCGACGGCGAGAAGCAACCGCAGCUGAUCGUGAAAGGCCCUCUGGACCGUGAAGCACGCGACUCGUAUGAGCUGGUUCUACGGGUUCGGGACGGUGGGAACCCUCCUCGCUCUUCCCAGGCGCUCCUCCGUGUCGCCAUCACCGAUGUCAACGACAACAGCCCGCGCUUCGAGAGAGCCAUCUAUGAGGCCGAGAUGGCGGAGAAUGCGCCUCCCGGAACCCCCGUCCUCCAGGUGCGCGCGUCGGACCGCGACGUCGGCGUCAACGGACAGGUGGAGUACGUCUUCGGAGCUGCCACGGAAUCUGUCCGCCGUCUUCUCCGACUGGACGAGGCUACCGGUUGGCUGAGCGUCCUCCACAGGAUUGACCGGGAGGAAGUGGCCCAGUUACGGUUCACGGUUACGGCAAGGGAUCGUGGUCAGCCACCGCGCACCGACCGGGCGACCGUAGUCCUGGUGGUCCGGGAUGAGAACGACAACGUUCCGAUCGUGGAGAUCAGGAAGAUCGGACGGAUUCUGGUGAGGGACGGAGUGGCGCUGGUACCGGAGAAUGUUCUGGUGGACACGCCGGUGGCGCUGGUUCAGGUGUCAGACCGGGACCAGGGGGAGAACGGAGCGGUAACCUGCACGGUGGUCGGGGAUGUACCGUUCACCCUGAAACCAGCGGGAGAGACGGCGCUCCUGCCUCUGCCCGCGGACGACGCCUUCGACAGAAACCGUAAGAAGUAUUUCCUCCACACGUCGGCCCUGUUGGAUUACGAGGCCACUAAAGAGUACAGCGUGACCAUCGUGGCAGUCGACUCCGGUUCCCCGUCUCUCUCCAGCAACAGCUCUCUCAUGGUCAGGGUAGUGGACAUCAACGACCACACUCCUACCUUCGCCCAGGCCGUGGUGGAGGUCCACUUUGCCGAGAACAACCAACCAGGAGAGCGUGUGGUCACCGUGGUUGCGGCGGAUGCCGAUUCCGGAAAGAAUGCAGAGAUUGUGUAUUCAUUGGAUCCGUCCGUUACCGGCCUGUUCUAUAUUGAUGCUGAUAAUGGGGAUAUCCGUGCGACGGGGGUUCUGGACCGGGAGGUCAGGGAGAGGUACGAGUUCCAGGUGAUCGCCAGGGAUAAGGGAUUCCCCUCGCUGCAGGGGUCGGCCACGGUGGUAAUCAUGGUGACCGACCGCAACGACAACACUCCGAAGUUCGUCCAGGAAGUGUUCACGUUCUACGUGAAGGAGAACCUCCUUGCCAACAGCCCAGUCGGCAUGGUAACGGUAACAGACGCGGAUGAGGGUGAGAACGCGGAGCUGAGUCUUUUCGUAGAGAUGGAGGAAGAAGAAGGAGAAGAGGUGGACGGAGGAGGAGGGGAGAAGAACAAGGGAGUAGGAGAGGAGGGAGGAGGAAGAGGAGGAAGAGGUGAAGACACGUUCUCCAUAGAGAACAACACAGGGACGAUCUUCUCCUCCGUGACCUUUGACCGGGAACGCCGUUCUACCUACACCUUCCGCGUCCGGGCCAUCGACGGCGGGGCUCCGCCUCGCUCCGCCACGGCGACAGUCUCCCUCAUCGUAACUGAUGAGAACGACAACGCCCCCUCCGUGACCUCACCCACCAACGAUUCCUACACCCUCCUCCCCCCGGCCUCCUCCACCCGGACCAUCGUCAGAACCGUGGCCGCCUCGGACUCGGACUUUGGCCGCAACGCUGACCUGCGCUUCUCCCUGGUAGGAGGGAACCCCUUCAGGCUGUUUGAGAUCGGCCUGGCCAGUGGAGUGAUCACCGUGGCAGAGCCCCUAGAGAGGAGACACAGGGGGCUGCAUCGCCUGGUGGUCAGGGUCAACGACAGUGGAGAGCCAUCGCUCUGCGCCACCGCGCUGGUCCACGUCUUCAUCAACGAGAGUCUGGUCAACGCUACACUGGUGGACGCACAGGUGGCUCGUAGUCUGGCCGCCCCUCUCUACCUGGACAUCGCGGGCGACCCCGACAGCGAGCGAGCGUUGGGGAAACAGCGCCUCUCGGUGGCCAUCGGUGUCCUGGCGGGCGCCGCGGCAGUCAUCCUGGUCAUCCUCCUAGUGGUGAUGGCCCGCCAGUGCGGCGCCCAGGGCAAGAACGGAUACGAGGCCGGGAAGAAAGAACCAGAGGAGGAUUUCUUCAGCCCUCAACCUGCCGUGCCACAAACCAGGGGAGGGACGUUGGACCGCGGACGGAAGCCCCGCAGGGACAAACGGAACGGAGGCGCCGGAGGAGCCGGUAAUAAAACCGAACGGCCGCUCUACAGCGGCGUCGUCACGGUCAACGGGCUCCGUCGCCACGGCAACGACCACCACGUCGCCAACAUCGACGAUGAUGACGAGGACGUGAGCAGCGCCAGCGAGAGGUUGGCGGCGAGGUACUGCGCGUGGACGGAGACCCCGGGAGCCCACCCCUACAGCCCCCCAGCCGAGGGGAAAAAGCACCAGGCUGUACAGGAGCUGCCCCCCUCUAACACCUUCGUGGGGUCUGGAGGGUCCAGUGGUAGUGGUGGAAGUGGGAACGCUGAUGCCAUGUCUCUGGGGUCAGACCAGUGUUCUGAGUAUGGAUCCCAAACGGGGAAUAAGUACAGCAAACAG